UUAUGAUUUCAUAGAAAAAAACAAGUCAAAUUCGUGCAGUGUUAAUAUGUCUGUCAGAUCGGGUGCUGCUGUUGUGAUGUGUAGAAAAUUUUCUAUUAACAUAUGUCCGUGUAUUUAGUGUUAUAUAAUUAUUAAUUGAAGUGAUUCAAGAUGCAGAAUUCGAAUUAUUCGGAAGGGCCUCAGGAUCCGGCUUUUAAUUUGUAUAAUUCGGCAACGGAUCAGUCCCGGUCAGCUAACAACAUCCAUCACCAAUCAGCGCCCCCGACCGCCAAUAAUUGGUUCACGGGCGUCAAUCAUCAUCAAGUGCAACAUCCAAGCAAUCAUUUCCAUCAACAGCAUGCGGUGAUGAAUCAGCAACACUAUCAUCAACAACAAGAUCCGCCGCAAUCGUUAGGCGGCGCUAGUAACUUUGUUGGUUAUCAGCAGAUAAAUAAUCCGCCGCCAGGACGGACGACGACGUCGUUGCAUGGCCAGACGGCGCAGUUAAAUAAUACAUAUAGUAUCGCGAAUAAACAGUAUGUCCAGCAACAUUACCUCAACCUCAACUCCAACUGCAACCUCAGCAGCACAAUUGGAUGCAACAGCAAAAUUUCACAAACUCUAACUUUCAGCAAAAUCCAUCGAUACCACAACAAGAACCAAAAACAAGACGAUCCAUGGGAUUGGGGCUGGGAGGACAAUUCCAAAAAUGCAAACAGGAAACCGAUGCCACCAAAAGCACCAACGGAAAACACUACCAGUAUACAAGAUCAAAUAAGAGAUCAAGCGGAUGCCAUAAUCUCCAGUUUUGGACAAGCCAACGACGCGUCCUGGAAUUGGUCUUUUAACGAUGCCAAAAAGGAGUCACAAAUAGGAAAUAAUAAACCAUUAGCAAAUGCGCCCCCAAAAAUUGGCCAGAAUAGUCCCAGGAAUAUUUCCAGUUUGCAGAACGUUUCUAGAAGAUCCAGUGGAUCGAGUACCGGAGUACAAGGGGAAAAUUUUAAUACACCACCAACGAUGAUGCUUACAAACCAAGCUUUGGAUAACCUCAAUCAAGGUGUUAAGAAUUUAUCUUUGCAAAAUCAUGAUAGGGGUAAUGUGGAAGUUGUCAGUAGUCAGAAUUCAGUGGUGCAACCAGGACCUCCUAAAACUAGUAACGUCUUACCUCCGAUGUCAGGUCCUGGUAAUAUGUCGUUAGAAGAGCUGGUCAGAUGUCACAUAGAACUGCUAAUAGAAACAUUACAGCGGCGCAAAGUCAAAAUAUUAUGCCUGUACAAAACUUUAUGCAGCCAAGUUUUGACACACACUUACACUUUACCUGAUACUAGCCAAAACAUCGGUUUAAACCAAAUGAAGUCAGUGAAAUCUGAAUCUCUCCUCAAUUUAGAGCCUGCAAAUGCAUAA